AAUAACUAAACCAACCGUUAUCCUCUUUCCUUCCCUGAUGUGUGAAGAGUGAAGAAGCUCUUUAUCCACCAAGUAGUUUUGAUGUUCAUGUUUGAAUUUUCAUUUUUUGCUUUGAGAGGCUGAAAAAUGUGGGCUUACUAUGUUAAUCAUGUCCUCCCCCGCCGUCUUCUGCAAAACCUUUAUCUUUGUUAACCCCAAGCUCAGGCUGCUCAGUCGCAACACCUUCAUUCUGCACAGAAAUUGGUCGACUGCACUGGUGGUUGAUACAAGGCGGUGGAGGUCUGCCGCUGCGGGGCACAUUCCAAAUGCUGGUGGCAAAAGGAAAAGGAAAAGGACUUGGUGGCAAACAUUCUUUUUCGACGACGACGGGAAUUGGCUUGGUUUGAAGGAGGACGACAUGCUGGCGACGGAGGAGGAGGACUUGGAUGGAUCCUCCGCAGCUGCCUCCACGGAAAAAGGUGAAGAAGCUGAGAAAUUUGAGGCGUGGAAGACGAGGGCAGAAGCAAUCGUGGAGCUGAGGGAAGCGCAGCAGGAUUUGACCAACGAGGAGAACCGCAAGUGGGAGGAUUGGUUUGUGGAUUCUAAUUCUAAAUCUACUUCCUUCUGGGAAGCAUCUGUAGAGUCGGAUCCUGCUCAAGAAAGGGGAUUGCUUUACUCUCUCAGCAAUUUCGUCCUCGGAAGGGAAGAAGAUGAUGAUGAGGACAUGCUCUAUGAAGACCGUGUUUUUCGCUAUGCCUCACUCAAUUCGGCUAAAUUUUUAGCAGUAUUAAUAAUCAUACCCUGGGCCUUGGAUUUUGUGGUUCACGACUAUGUUCUGAUGCCCUUUUUAGACAGAUAUGUGAAGACCGUACCACUUGCAGCACAGUUGCUUGAUGUCAGAAGAAAUCAAAAGCUCCAAAUGAUUGAUGAAUUAAAAAUGGAGAGAGCAAGAUUUCAUCUUGAGAUGGAGAUUGGUAAAUCUCCACCGCUUUCUGAUGACGAGGUUUGGUGGGAGUUGCGGCAUAAAGCAUUAGAGCUGAGAGAUGAAUGGAGAUUAGAGAAUCGUAAAGCAUUUGCCAACAUAUGGUCAGAUAUGAUAUUCGGGAUCUCAUUAUUCAUUCUUUUAUACAGCAAUCAGAAUAAAUUACUGUCACAAGGAGCUUACUUGUUUUCAUGGAGACAAUUUUGUUUCUUAUUUAAGAUGUCUGCACAGGUAGCAUUGGUGAAGUUUACUGGUUAUAAGAUCAUAAAUAAUAUUUCAGAUACCGGGAAGGCAUUUCUAAUUAUACUUAUCACAGAUAUUUUUUUAGGGUAUCAUUCUGAGUCUGGUUGGCAAACAUUGUUAGAAAUUUUUGUUGAGCAUUAUGGGCUUGAGGUUGAUCAGUCAGCCGUAACCUUUUUCAUUUGCCUGAUUCCAGUCAUCAUGGAUGCAUGUGUCAAACUAUGGCUGUUUAAAUUCCUUCCAAGAUUAUCCCCAAAGGUGACAAACAUAUUCCGGGAAAUGAAGCGUCACUAGUAAAAUUCUUCAUCUGGAUUUUCUCUGGCAUCUAAGAGAAUUUGGAGCAAGGUAGCAUGUACCAGGAAGAUUACUUUUUUUUUUUUUUUUCUGUCCUUGAUUUAUCAUAUAUACAGGUUUAGGACAUCGUAGUUGUUGGGAUAUCAUUCAUUCAUACCCAUAAAUGAUAAAUGUGGUAUAAAAACAGCAGAAGAUGUUGAUACAUAGUACGUACGAUCAAAUCUACAUAUAUGCUUCAGUUUUGAAAUUUGUAUAUGUUAGUACCUGGCAUGCGGAGCAAGGCUCCAAGCUGAACAGGAGAGAAUUCAACUCAACAGUUGUCUACUUCAAUCUACAAGGAAGGAAUUGCUUGUAGAUUGAAUUCAACGAAUACAAAAGCAAUUCUUGAAUUU